UUCACCUCCUCUGUCUUUUCCUCCUUCCAGUGCCCGGCUUUCCUCCCCUCCCCCUCCCCGCCGACCGAGUUCUUCCUUUUCAGACCGAGUCGCCUUGUUGUCGCUGCGGAGAUUUUUCUGCUACUGCUCCCGCUGUUGCCUCUGCCACGCCUGGGCUCAUUUGCCCUGAGCCCUUCCCGCCGCCCCGCCCCCAACCCCACGCAAGAUGUCAGAGGAUCUAGCAAAACAGCUAGCAAGCUACAAAGCUCAACUCCAGCAAGUUGAAGCUGCAUUGUCUGGAAAUGGAGAAAAUGAAGAUUUGCUAAAGUUAAAGAAAGAUUUACAAGAAGUUAUAGAACUAACCAAAGACCUUCUGUCAACUCAGCCUUCUGAAACUCUUGCAAGUUCAGACAGUUUUGCUUCUACUCAGCCCACUCAUUCAUGGAAAGUAGGAGACAAGUGUAUGGCAAUCUGGAGUGAAGAUGGACAGUGUUACGAAGCGGAGAUUGAGGAGAUAGAUGAAGAAAACGGCACCGCUGCAAUCACCUUUGCUGGCUAUGGCAAUGCUGAAGUGACUCCACUGUUGAACCUCAAGCCUGUAGAAGAAGGAAGGAAGGCAAAGGAGGACAGUGGCAACAAGCCCAUGUCAAAAAAAGAAAUGAUUGCCCAGCAGCGUGAAUAUAAAAAGAAGAAAGCUUUGAAAAAAGCACAGAGAAUAAAAGAACUUGAGCAGGAGAGAGAGGACCAGAAGGUGAAAUGGCAGCAGUUCAACAACAGAGCCUAUUCUAAAAACAAAAAAGGCCAGGUAAAGAGGAGUAUUUUUGCUUCACCUGAGAGUGUAACUGGCAAAGUUGGAGUAGGAACUUGUGGGAUUGCUGAUAAACCUAUGACACAGUAUCAAGAUACCUCUAAAUACAAUGUUAGGCAUUUGAUGCCUCAAUAAUCAGAAAAACUGUUGGAUUUCAUCUCCGCAGGGCUUUACAUUUACCUUUUUAUCCUUAUAUUUUUCUAAAGGUAAAUUAUUUGUUAGAUGAGUAAGGAAGAUACCAUUGUCGUCAUUGUUUGACUUCAAUAGAAUGAAACUUGAAAUUGCAUUUGUUAACUGCUAUUCAUUUACCUUUCAUUACUACCACCACAGUUUCCUCAAAGUUUGUUGGAUAAAGCAACUUUUCUAGAUAGAUGCUGCUUAAAUAAAGCACUUAGAUGAAUUCUUGAUCUUCCUACUAUUAGGCUCCCACUUAAUGGAUGGCAUAUACUUUUUGUAAACUCCUAACCUGGAACUUUCAGAACCUUUGAACUUGCCACAUAUUCUAAGCAAUUCACUGGAACAUCAAGGCAAAACACCAAACUGUUGCAGAGGUCUUUUUUUAAUUCAGCUGUUGUCAAUUAAGCCUAAAAAUAGGUUAAUUUCUAAAUGGCAAAGUUUGUUUUGAGGUUUUUCCUUCAAUAAUUUGUUUCCUAAGCCUAUUAGGCCAUUUCUAACAUUGACCCACCUCUUACUCUUUUCAUUGAGUUUUAGUUUUAUUAAGAAACCAUGUUUAGGACCAGCUACCUUUUCUAUUUUUUUUUUUUUUUUUUGGUAUGUUUGCUUUUUUCUUGUGUUAAUUUUUCACUUACGGUAGUGGUACCAUUUUUUGGAUGUGUAAUGUUUAUAUGAGAAAACAAAAAGCUGAUGUAUAGCCCUGUAUACAGUGUAGAUACUAUUUUUGUAAAAAAAAAAAAAAAAAAGGCUAAAUUAAUGAACAAGAGUACUGAAUGUUUCAUCAUUAAAAAUUUACUGUAUUUCUUGUGCAUUAAUCUGACCAUAAUUUCCCUGUAUAUUAUGUUCAUGUAGCUGAGUUUGUAAUUUUUGUUAACUAGAUCAAGUUGUCAGCAUUUGCUGGUGUAUGUGAACAUCACAGUUAACCUGAGUUAAAUUUAAGCCAAAUAUAUGCAUAGAAAAGAUCUUCCUAUUAAUGGAAGACAGUGAUUUUUAGGAUGUGUUAAUUUCAGUUUUUGUAUGUUUAACUUUUAUUAAAUAAAGUGUUUUUAAAAUCUC